AUGGCAGCUUUUUCACCGUGUAGAGCAUCUGUCAUCUUGGUGCUCCUGCAGAUAUUUGGAUUUUCUUGCUCACUGAGGCGGACUGCAGACAGUGGUUUGGAGACUCUCAGUCCUCCUCUGGACGUGGAGCUGGAAACACUGAACUGCACAGCAGUUGCUGUCAGGUGGAGGGUGCCACGACGACACGUCACCGCUGUCCUGGGUUACCGGGUGUUCUUAACAGAGGUGAGCAACGACAGUCCAGCAGGAACGCCCAUUACACGGAAUGUCCCUGUUCGCAUUGACAUGCUGAAAGGGGUACCAUGGGAUGGACUUGCUGAAUUUAGUACGGAGGUGUCCAGUCUGAAAAACAAUACCCAGUACCAUGUGACCAUUGCAGCCUAUGGCUGGGCGGGGGAGGGACGAGCCAGUAUGCCCAGGGGCAUCACGCCAGCCUCUCAUGUUAAGUGUGAAAUCUUCAUGGACCACCCUCCUUUCCUUUUGGACUAA